AUGGUUAAGGGAAAGAAAUAUGGUCCAGCGAAAUUACCUGUGGCCCAACUCACAAUUCUUGCAAUAUGUAGAUUUGCAGAACCCGUUGCCUUGACUUCAGUCUUUCCAUAUCUACCUGAGAUGAUCGAAAGUUUUGGGGUAGAGGAGAAAGAUGUAGCAAAAUGGGCAGGUAUCACAUCUGCCGUGUUUUCAUUAUCUCAAUGCAUCACAGCCAUCUUGUGGGGAAGAGCUUCCGAUAUAUUUGGUCGGAAACCUACAAUUUUGACGGGUUUGACAUGCACAAUGGUACUAAAUAUCGUAUGGGGCAUGUCAGUGACUUUACCUAUGGCUAUCAUUGCUAGAGCACUUCAAGGAGCUUUUAAUGGAAAUGUGGGGAUUAUCCGAACAAUGGUAGCAGAAAUGGUUCCUCAGAAGGAACUACAACCAAGAGCUUUUUCUAUCAUGCCUUUAGUAUGGAGUCUUGGCUCUAUCUUUGGUCCAUCGUUCGGAGGGUUCUUUGCUCGACCGGCACAGAACUUUCCAAACCUUUUCGGCAACAACAGAUAUUUCUUGAAUUUCCCUUUUGCAUUACCAAAUAUUAUUGCUAGUUUCCUUUUUAUGAUUGGAAUUACAACUGGAAUUUUGUUCCUUAGGGAAACUCUGGAAUCAAAACGUAAUAAGAGAGAUUGGGGCCUAGAAAUGGGGAAGAAAGUGAUUAGCUCUUCCAAAGUGCUCUGCUGUCAAGCUCGAACUAAGCACCACUCCCCUGGUCAUCCAGCCUACGAUGAAUCAUCAGCAUCACUUCUUAGACCUACAUCUGCUUCUGAGUCGGAUUCUACUGAAACCUUUGAUGAUAACUUCGAAUCCCCGAAAUCAAAACCUUCAGUCCCCCCUCCAAGUCUUCGGGAAGUAUUCACACGUCAAUCAGUCAUUAACCUUGUUGCAUAUACAUUCCUCGCUCUUCAUUCCGUCUCCUAUGAUCAAAUUCUCUCAGUUUUCAUGCAUCAUCCUCGUCAAAUCCACGAUUCAACAAACACACAACUUCCUUUCAAAUUCUCUGGUGGUUUUGGACUUCAUUCUGGUAGGAUCGGCACAAUUUUCACUCUGUACGGUGUCGUCGGUGGCUUCAUCCAAUUUGUAAUCUUUCCACCCGCGGCUCGCAAAUUUGGGGUUCUAAAUUGCUUCAAAGUAUGCGCCGUAACAUUUCCCAUCAUCUGUUUCGUCACUCCCUAUACCGCUCUCAUCGAGUCAUCGACCUGGCAACAAAUCAUGAUUUUCGCCAUCCUAAUUGUCAAAUCAUUCGCGGUCAUCUUCGCCUUCCCAUGUUGCAUCAUCCUCCUCACCAAUUCUGCAGUUAGUCUCCGUAUCCUGGGUACAUUGAACGGCUUCGCAGUUUCCAUCUCGGCAGUCGGUAGAGCUAUUGGACCUGCUAUGUCAGGAGCAGCUUUUACAUGGGGAUUAAAAGAAGGAUACGUCAUCACUCCUUACUUUUUACUUGGCACAAUUGCAGCUAUCGGUGCAAUACCUAUUUGGUAUCUAGAAGAAAUGGAAGGAUUUAAUAAAAGCGGCACAAGCGACGAUGAAGCAGAAGUAGAAUCGUUACUUCCGGCCAACGAUGAAGAAACGGGAUUACUAGCAGGUGAUGAAAGAAUUAGGCGAGAUCCUAAUGAAGAAGCAUUAGAUGUUGUGGAGGGUGCACCACUCUCGAAAUCUAUUACUAUCUCAGCGAGUAAGAGAAGAGAAAGUAGAUUGGAGGAGAAUAUGAGUAGUCCUAUUGGAAUGCUAGGUGGAAGUGUCGGACCUGGAGGAGGAAGAAGAUUAAGUAAUGGACUUGCGGUUAGUAACUUUGGGCAAGGGACUGGUGGGACGAGUUUCACUUGA